GCCAUUUUAGUAGUAUUUCACAUGCAUCCCUCCUUGCCCGAUACGGAGGCAACGACGAGAUAAGAGAAUGGUGUGGGUAUAUAGCAAAUACACCGAUAACUACCCCACUUGUGUUGGAUUAUUUUAUUGAGCCCACGGCUGUACGUGCUAGCGUUUAAUUAAACAUCGUUGACUGCAUACAGUCAUGGAAAACAGCAACAACUUCGCGAGCUAUGCGUCUAAAUUUCUAUCUUCGCGGAUACUAGGGCAGUCUUCGGGCAGCUCACCCAUAUUCCAUGCCAAUUACGAUGAGAGCUCCUCAAACCAUGGGCCCUGGAUGAACGAUGACGAGAUUGAGCAGGAAAUGGCACAUCUCAAGCAGUCGACAGCUAGCAAGUCGCAGGCAACCCAGUCGCCACCGCGGUCUCCCUCGGCGCAUUCAAACCAGAGCGAGUCUACCCCUGACAUCAACCAAGCCCAGUCUUUAUUCACAAACCAAUCCGCACUGAGUUAUCAUAAACCAGACGUUCCAGACGCUCUAGAUGCGCCAGAACCACAGGAGGAAAUCGAGCUGCAGCUCUCGCAGCCGCUCCUCACUCAGUCACACAAAAACGAUACACGCGAUGACGUCGUCGACGACGAAGAUGACGAAGACGCAGAUCAGCCGCCACAGCAGAUAUUUAUUCAACAGCCAACACCCCUCCCACCGCUUACUUCCACCCCGAUCAGAAAAUACCGUGACGCACCUUUCGUUGUCGCAUAUGGGUUUUCCAUCAUAUCUGUCUUGAUCAUAGGCGUGUCCGUCUUAUUCACUAGUAAUACGGAGAGUGUGAUACCACCACCAAAUGCAACACCCUUCAUCACAACUACAUUGCUACAUUCUACGCCUUUGCUCGUCGGCCUGACGUUUUUAUCGCUGCUCCUGGGUGCCUUACACAUCCUCAUACUCAAGCAUGCGAUAACCCCGAUACUAUAUACUGCGAUAGCUGUCAUAUUGUUUGGCUUGCUGGGUAGUUCAACAUGGGCUUUCGCAGGGUCUUUCGUAGAUGACGACGAAACCGACCUCAGCUGGUCUUCUUGGUGGCAGAGUACUGGAUUGCGAUUAUUCUCCCUUAUACCCAUCCUAAUUAUAGCUUGGUUCGGUCGCACCCUCUACAAAAGAAGAAACAAACUCAAGCGGUCGAUCAAGGUGGUUGAAUUGUCAUCUCAAGUGAUAUUAGAACACCCAACGCUGAUAAUUUACCACCUUGCAAUUACAGUAGUAUCGACACUCCUGUCAAUCCCGUUCGCCUGGCUGAUUUACAGGUUGCUGAAGAUAGGCCACUGGGAUAGUAGCAGCAACGGCGGGUUCAGUUGGCAUGUGAAGACAUCGUCGGACUUCCUAGUUGCUUACGUUGCCUUAAUUGGGUUCUGGACCUGGGGUGUGCUAAGAGGUAUAGCCAGCGUGACAACCAGUGGUGUUCUAGGCGCAUGGUAUUUCAAUCGGCAUGACCCUCAUCAGCCUGCGCCGCAUGUCCUAGUUAGCAGCUCAUUCUAUCGGUCUACACAUGCUUCAUUUGGUAGCAUAUGUCUCGCUUCCAUUAUUUUGACAGCAAUUGGCGUUUUCAGUAGACUAUUGAUACGGUUACGUGGCUUAAGUGGAAGUGGCAUGACACGUUUUCAUCCUAUAUCGAUCGUAUUCAAUGCCGUCAGUAUGGUGGCUGCCAUACUAUUAGGUUUCGUGGAUCAUAUCUCAACCCACGCUCUUAUAUAUGCUGGUAUAACAGGUGAUGCGUUUACACCAUCAGCGAAGCGUGUUAAACAAUUAGUGAAUAGGCGUGAGGUGAGAGGACUGAUGGAUGACUUACUGGUCAAAACCACAAUUAGGUUGUUUGCAGUCACUGUCUCAUUGUUGAGCGCCGUAGCUGGUUUUAUCUAUAGCGCUCACUUCCUCAAUCAAUCGCUGCACUCACCAAUCGUUGGAAUUAUCGCUGGCUGGCUGUCUUUCAGUGCUAUAAGAAUGUGGGGUGACGUAUUGACGAGUACAGUCGAUUCUAUAUACGUCUGCUACUGUUUCGAUGUUUCGACCAACCAGCAGCACUGCAUUAAGGCAAGCGAGGCUUUCAGCAAUGCUCAUCAAAUGAGACAACCCGUCUAACUGUUUAUGAUACUCAAUCGGAGUUGAAGUUUACCUUGUAAUUAUAUCUAAUCUUUGUAAUUAAUUAUAUUUAACCUUUG